AUGUGCAAAAAAAUAAUUCAAACACUUCAUGUCUAUUCAAUUAAUAAAACCUCAAUUACAAUGAAUCUAUUUCUGAAACUUGAAAACCAUCAAUCAAAUGAAGAUCAUCCUAGUUUAAUUUUGUUUCCAGAUUUCCUUCCUGAAAUGUUAAGCUUCACAACCGCUGAAAAUGAACGAAUUCAAGAUCUCUAUCUCCAAUUAUGUUCUCUUUUCAACCAUCAUAAUUAUAAUGAAAUUUUGUUUUUAUUACCUCAAGUAUCAUCAUUCUCAAUGCUUCCUCCGAUAAUAAACUUGAUUAUUGGUGCAACAAUGAUACGAAUGGGUAGAUUAGAUAGUGGGUUUAGAGAACUUGCUGUUGCCAUAAUCAUGUCCAGUAGAGGUGAACAAAGAAUUGGGUUUUUAAUAGUUGCCGCAACUUUACAUGCUGAAUUGAAUGAUAAAGAAAGAGUUCAAGGAUAUUUAGGUGAAAUUUUGGAUCUUUCUCGUCAAGUUGUACAAUCAAGUGAAGAAUUUGAUAUUGUAAAAGAAAAUCUAGAAGAAUUGGAAAACACUCUUUUAGUAAAAUUAGAAAAUAUCAAAGAUAAAGAGUAA